CUAACCUGAGAGUGUUGCUUUGUUUCUCUCUACAGAAGAGUCCUCCACAGCGCUGAAGAUAGCUUCCUACAUCCUGAUAGGUGUCGGUGGUCUCUCCAUGUUGAUGGGCUUCCUGGGUUGCCUGGGGGCUAUCUAUGAGAUCCGCUGUCUGCUGGGCCUGUACUUCACCUGCCUGCUGCUGAUUCUGAUUGGUCAGGUGGCAGCCGGUGUACUCAUCUACUUCCAGAAGGACCUGCUAAAUAAGGAGAUGUCCAACAUCGUGACCCAGAUCCUGAGCAACUACCCUGGGAAGAACAGCACCACCGAGCAGGCCUGGGAUUACAUACAGAGGACGAUGGAGUGUUGUGGAUGGAGUGGUCGAAUGGACUGGCAUGGUAAUGCUGUCGUAGUGAACAGUUCCCAGCUGUUGUUCCCGUGUUCCUGUCAGAACGUGUCUCUGGUUGAGGGUAACUCCUCCUCCGACAGUGGUUUCUGUGAGGCGCAGUCACUUGAUUGGCCCGUCUACGACAGGGUAAGAACUCUUCAUAUAUUAGUUGAUUGAUUGAGAGAACACUCC